UUUAAAUCCGCUUCCACAUUUGCUACACUGACCCUCACGCGAUUGAACAAAUACGAUGACAUCACAGCGCGGUGUCUCCACCCCUCUCCGGCAGAAGAGGCGGAAGUUCCGUUGUGACCUGGGAUAGCAAGCGCCUGCUGACAGUUUCUUUCUAAAAUCGUCUGCACUCCUCCCAUUGUAUGUGUGGCAACAACAUGUCUGUACCCCUGCUCUCCGAAGCCGUCACAGUGCCUGGGACGGAGAAGGAAACGGCUGUGGUGAUCUUCCUUCAUGGCUUGGGUGACACAGGACAUGGCUGGGCUGAUACCAUGACGUCUAUUCGACUGCCAUACAUCAAAUACAUCUGCCCACAUGCACCCCGAAUCCCUGUAACACUCAACAUGAAGAUGACUAUGCCCUCAUGUAAAAUACAAAUACAAAAACGAAAAUACCAAGAUGUAUACCGUUUAUCGCAAAUCGACCAAAAAAUACAGAGAUAUGAAUUUUUGCCCAUAUCGCCCAGCCCUAGUUGUUAUAUGUUGAAAUUUGAUUAUGUGGCACUAAGUAUAGACCACUCCUUUUUUUCAAUAGUAAAGGCCAUCAUCGAUCACGAGGUAAAGAAUGGUAUACCAUCCAGUCGUAUCAUUCUUGGUGGCUUCUCUCAGGGUGGAGCUCUCUCUCUCUACACCGCUCUGACCUCUCAGCAGCAUCUAGCGGGUGUUGUUGGGCUUAGUUGUUGGCUUCCACUUCACAAGACUUUCCCACAGGCUGCAAGUGGGAGUGGAAACAAGGACACUCCCAUUCUGCAGUGUCAUGGCGAGAUGGAUCCCAUGAUCCCGGUGCAAUUCGGGGCCAUGACCGCAGAGAAGCUCAAGACCAUAAUUUCUCCUCAGAAUGUCACCUUCCGCACCUACCCGGGUCUCAUGCAUAGCUCCUGUCCACAGGAGAUGUCUGCUGUGAAGGAAUUCAUUGAAAAGCAGUUGCCCCGAGUCUGACCUCAUUCUAGCUCACUGUGACCCUUAGACACUGACCUCUCUCACCUCUGACCUGCCAUUCUCCCACAGGAAACAGCCAUGAUCCCCUACAACACAUGCGCAUGCACAUUCAGUUGUACAUACUGUGAACGUGCAACACAUGCAUCAUCUCACACCUUUCUUAGUAAUUUCAUACAUUAGUUGACAUUCAUUAAAAAGGUGAUUAUUAUAAGUGGCAUUCGUACAUAGAAUAAUAUUCCAUGAAAGUCUUUUGGCCUUUUCUUUAAGGAAGACUCAUUAACUUUCAUUAUACAUUCCUGUACGCGUUACAUCUUAAACCAUUAUCCAGUAUCUCUCUCCCCUACUCUUCUGUCUCUUUCUCUCAAUAAGCAAGGCGGUAAAGGUAACAUUUUGCUAGACAGCUCUGUAACAGAACUCGGGAGAGUUCAGAUGCUGCACAUCUGUGGUGGUGUUUGUGGAGGAAGCUAGUGAGAGCCUGGUGCCGUCUGGAGUGACUCGCGUUGCGCUGCUCUGCAUGCUAGUCCCAUGGUGCAUGCCUGCGGUGGGGCUUUAUUGGGAUGCUGCAAAUCAUACUUGUGCUGAAAUAUCUUUGGAUUUGUUUUGUUUUUUAACUAGAAAUAUGAGCAAGGCAAGCAAAAAUGGCACAAAUAAACUAUGCUAAUGAAUCAUUCAAACCUUACAGUAUGCUUUUGUUCUUCUGAAACAAUUACACAGAAUGAGAAAAGAUGAUUUCAUUUUGUGCCAGAGUGAAAUCUGUCGGUAUGCAAAAUGAUGAAUAGAUUUUUAAAAUAACACAACAUAUAAUAAACACAUAAGCAGCUUUAGAUUUGAGUAUUUUAUUGUAUAAUAAUCAAUGAUACUAAGCUCUUGACAUCAAUUUAUCAAAGUGAAUCACUCCAGACGGCCGAUAAUAUUUUCCAGUUGCUUUAAAUAGCUUCCUCAAUCCUCCCUAAUUCCCUAUCCACCUCAUAACCUCAUCAUCCUCCACUUACGUGACCAAACACAUUCAAGUGUUCUGGGGUCUCAGAUUGCAUAUGUAUAUACAUUUCAGGUUCCAUAUUAAAAGCAUAAAAGUAUUGUUUACUGACACGACCUAAUAAUAAAAGAUGGGAGGUCACAGAUAUGCAGCAGCGUGGUGAAUUAAGCCUGCUGAUAUUAAAGAAGUAACCUUGAUUAGCUAUUAAAAUUGAAAGAUGAGUUUGCAAACGUGGUUGCUAUAGUCUUUUCUCUCACAGUUUGCUUGUAUACGUUUGAAAAUGGAUUAAAAUGGUUUCUGUGUGAUGAUAUCUAAAGUUGUUUGCAAAGUAGUGAGUGUUGCUUUUUUAAUCUAAAUAGAUGUUCUUCAAUGUAUUAUUUCAGUGUUAUUUUAUUUUACAGAGUCCAUUUGACUUUAAUGUUUUCAUAAAUCUUAUGAUCCCCUUUUAUAAUUGCCGUUAUUCCUUAUUAUUAGUUAGAAUCAGUUCUUAGCAUCAGACAGGUUUCCUAUAUGCCCUGUGGCUUGAAUGUUUAUAGUAGGAAUCAUGGGCAUGCCAGGCACAAGUCGGUCAGCAGAAACUGGCAAUAUCUUUGGGUUUACCAGUGAACUUAUCAGUUUAUGUCCACAUGAGUUGUGUUUUGUCAUUGGUUUUUGUUUUGUCGUUUGUGCUUGUUUAAAAAAAAAAAUCUGUCAUGUUCUUUUGUCGUUGUCUUUUGUUUCUUCUUUUUUUUUUUAAGUGUACUGGGGGACAAUUGGUUCUUCAGAAACUUUACUGAAACACCUGUAUGUGAAAUAAAUGAUGCAAAUCACA